GCGCUACUUCGUCAAGCACGUUUGCGUUGCGCCUUGUCGCUUUCAAAACAAUCAUAAUUACUCUGGAUUAAUCUGGUACACUUUGUCUUCUGGGAGCUUAUAGUUCUCUGCGGUCGAAUUAGAUUCAAGGUCUCAGUCGAGGGAUGGUUGUCGCUUUUUGGCUUCGAGUCAAGCUGUCACAUGGCUUUGCCAAAAUACUUCUCCUUGAGUCCAUUCGUAUACUUAUUUAAACAACGACAAACUAUUACCUAUCGAUUCCAUAUCACAAUUCCUGCAAAGUUCCUGUCAACCCCAUUUAACUACUCCAUGCUACUACAUAGUAUGCUCCACAUCGCUAACCCCCCCGAAGAUAUAUCUUGGCUUUCCAUCGCCCAGCCUCGAAGCCGCUCCACUGUCACUACAACCACCGACAAGCGACAACAUUACUACAUCGCUAGUAUAAAGGAUCAGAGGAUCGCAUCCUGCAGUAAAACACUAUAUUUCAACCGUACUAGCCAGCUAGAUACCACCCAUGCCCAGCAACAUCCAUCCAUCGCUUCCCUUGUCUCAACCAACAGUCCACACCCACACCCACAGCCCAAGGCCAGAACCCAGAGCAGAGACCAGGCCAGAGCGCUAGAUCGCAUCCGAUGUUGAAUCUCCACCACCGGAAAAAGCACUCAAUCCAGCAAUCGCCCAUUCGCCCGCUUCACCAUCGUCAACGGCUCCCCCAGGCGGUGCAGCAGCUUGAUCUCGCGCGGCUUGACGAACAUGGGCUCCGUGAUGGCGAAGUACUCGCGGUAGUACUCCUUCGUGACUUGGUUCUGUGCGAGAUGAAUUAAUCAACCCACCCCUUCUGCGU